AUGAGGCGUGGAGGCAUAAUGUGCGAAGGGAUCGUGAAGAAAAGUGAGCUCGUCCUUUGGAAUGGUAGCCAGGCGAGCCAGGUGGACAGCUGUGCAAUCUGCCGUGAGGUCUUCCAAAUCGGCGUGGACAUCUGCCGAGUUCUAGAUUGCACACACAUCUUUCAUGCAAAGUGCAUUGACAUGUGGUUUGUCAAGGCAUCCUCUUGCCCCUUGUGCAAGAAUGACCUCAAGCUCUGCGGCAGGAACAGUGCCUCUCAACGCUCUCUGGGCAGGUCCUCGCAGACCUCGUCCAACAUAUCCCUGGGCUCCGCGUCCCUGCGCUCGGGGCAGAUCCUAGUUGGGCACUCCAAUUCGGAUCCGGCGCUGCUCCGCGCUUUGCAUCCGGAGGGCCUCGGGCUGCUGCGGCGGAGUUCGCCACCGCCAACCCCGGACCGCCAUGCUGGCAGCGCGCCAUCGUUGGCGAUCACGUCCGAUAGGUCGGCAGAAGUUAUCUCCAUCUCCCGUUCGGAGCGCUCCCUUGCAUUGCUUUCAGAAAGCUCGUCAGGCUUGCUGCCCGCUGUACAAGAGGGGUCCGACGAGACCAGGAUGGCCUUGGAAGGCGGCUCUGCGCCACCAUCUCCUCACAACGACAGCCGAGAGACAUCGCAUGGGAGCCGGAUGCUUCAGUUUCAGCUGCCUGAGGGGGGUUCUGCUGCUUCCACAGCAAGGGGGCCGCCCUCUGCAGGGGACCCGGCACACGAGGAGCUUGGCGAGGACGACCACGAGGCGCUUCAGAAGCCAGCUUGGCUGGCUGACUCGCGGAUCCUGUUGGAUGGACGGCAGGUUUCGACUACAUCGGAUGACGCACAGAGGGCAGGGGAGGCAGUACGACCUCCAGUCUUCUCGCCACAGCGGCUACAGCAGAGGCUGGAGGUGCACCACUUCUUGACGCAGCAGCCGGCUGCAGGUCACGCGUGGUCGCUGACGCUCCCUGCAUCAGUGUCGCAAUGCCGGCUGCAGGUCGAGGCGCCCAAGGAGCGCCUUUGCGCCGUCUCCAGCCCUCCAGUUCCUGUUGCGCCGGUCUUGCAUCCGUGGCUGGAGGCACCUCGCUGUGGCUGUGGUGGAGCUCGAACUGUUGCACCACCACGCUUCCUGGGAAGCUGGGGACCUGAAUACGCAGAUGGUGCCAUGAGAAGGAGCCACUCGCAAUCCAAAGACCCCGACGCUCCCGGACGCCGAGAACAAGGUGAGGAGCAUCUGGUCGCCAGUGCUCGGACGGUGGUCACGUACCAGACGAGACCGGCAAUGGCGCCGAUCGCCCACACAUCGGCUGCAGUAUUGCGGCCAAGCCCGGUGGCACCGAUGCGGACUCAGAUACUGACACCAGGACACGUUCCUCACGCCGUCCCUCACGGAGCUCAUGCUUCUCCUGCUUCUCAGGGAUAUCGCGCAGCUCCCGUCCAGGCGGUGGCCUUCCACGGCUUCACACAAAUCAGCAGGCCAGCGGGGCUGCCGGUGUCCUCCAUGCGGGCUGUGCGCCACUGA